AUGACGUUCCCCCUAUUGCCCAUUGUCUCAUCAGAGGACGAAAUUGCAAGAUUGUCCGUCACCGGAAAAAUACUUUUACCCUUCUCGGCUAUAAAGCCUGAAAAGCAUGCACUCAAUAGGUAUCCGUCGUCUGUCGACGUCUUCGUGGAUGCAUCUUCAUCCACCGAUAUGAUUGUGGAUGAUUUGAUUGCUUUGCUUAACAUCGGCGUCAAAAACUUAUUUGUGUCUGAAGCCCAGUUCGAUCAAGUGAUUGCCGCCGGCUUACCAACUUCGAGAUUCUCUGUGGAGAUAGACUCCGUGACCGAGAAGCAACUUUCUUCCAAGGCUUCCUUUGUUGUGAGUGAAAAAUUAAAUGAUGAUAUGUUCAAGGAGCUCUCUUCUGGAGGUAAUAGGAAUAUCUUCUACAAGGGCAAGGUUUCACCUCAAGAGGCCGUGCAGCUUGCGACCCUUGGAUACAUCUUGGUGAUUCCAGGAGCAGAGUUGUCAACUUCCACGAAUUCCGAGAACCUCAUUUCUGUAGGAGAUGUCUUUAUCUCAACAUUGACGACGGACCGUCCUGAUGGGCUUUUUACAACUUUGAUCACCUCACCUGCACCUGCUAAUGCCGCUUUGGGCGUCGUUUAUUCAUCCAAAGCAUCCAUAAAGGCUUCCAUUGCUGAGGGAGAAGGUGUCUACCAAUCUCGUAAGCGUCCAGAUGAGUUGUGGUACAAGGGCAAAACGUCCGGUGCCACCCAGAAGCUCGUGAAGUUGGAGAAAGAUUGCGACAGUGACACGGUCAAGUUUGUUGUUGAGUCUAGACCUGGUUACGGCUUCUGCCACUUGCUGAACAACUUCACCUGCUUCCAAGAUGGCGAUUUGACCGAAUCUACAGAGUCCUUCGGAAGCGGAUUUGCCAAGCUUGAUAAAAUCUUGGCUGACAGAAAGCAAAAUGCUGUUCAAGGCCUGUAUACCAAGAGGUUGUUUGACGACGAGAAGCUUUUGAUCGCCAAAAUGAAGGAAGAGUUGGACGAGCUUAUCGAUGCUGGACUGAAGCAAGACAAGGAUGAGGUUGCUUGGGAAGCAGCCGAUUUGUUGUACUUUGUGAUGACCUACUGCGUCAAAAACGGCGUCAGCUUGGCCGAUGUGGAGAGAAACUUGGACGUUAAGAGCCUUAAAGUAACUAGAAGAAAGGGUGACGCCAAACCCCAGUACGUGGAAACCCAAUCUGAACAGGUAUCAUCUGAGCUUUACAAGAUGGAAAUAAUCAAGACCUCAUCUGCAUCUGCUGAGGAAAUCGCUCGUGCCUUGACGCGCCCUGUUCAAAAGACAGCUGAUAUCAUGAAGUUGGUUCUUCCUAUUGUUAAACAAGUACAGAAGGACGGAGACAAAGCAUUAAUCGAACUCACAUCAAAAUUUGACGGUGUAACCUUGAGCGAGCCAAUUCUCAAAUCCCCUUUCCCUCAAGAAUUAAUGAACAUAUCUGAUGAUAUGAAGGAUGCCAUUGAUUUAUCCAUGAGGAACAUUGAAAAGUUUCACAGAGCACAAUUACCAAAAGAGGAGGUCUUGACUGUGGAGACAGCUCCAGGCGUUUUCUGUUCUCGUUUCGCCAAGCCAAUUGAAAAUGUUGGUUUGUACGUCCCUGGUGGAACUGCAGUCUUACCAUCCACUGCUAUGAUGUUGGGUGUCCCAGCAAAGGUUGCUGGCUGCAAAAAUAUCAUCGUCGCUUCUCCUCCUGCAAGAGCCACUGGUAAAUUGACCCCAGAGGUGGUGUAUGUCGCUCAUAAGCUAGGGGCCAGCGCCAUUGUAAUGGCUGGUGGGGCUCAAGCCGUCACUGCCAUGGCAUACGGAACAGAAUCCGUAUUGAAAUGUGACAAAAUAUUGGGCCCUGGAAACCAAUUUGUCACUGCUGCUAAGAUGUACGUUCAAAAUGAUACACAGGCAUUGUGCUCAAUCGACAUGCCAGCCGGUCCAUCAGAAGUUUUGGUAAUUGCAGACGAGAACGCAGACCCCGACUUUGUUGCCAGUGACUUGUUAUCGCAAGCUGAACACGGUGUUGACUCACAAGUUAUCUUGAUUGGUGUUAAACUCACUGAAAAAAAACUUAUGGACUUUGAUGAGGCUGUUCGUCGCCAAGCAGAAGCUUUGCCAAGAAAAGAGAUUGUGGCCAAAUGUUUGGCUCAUUCUUUCAUUCUUUUGGCCGAGAGUUACGAAGAAGCUUUUGACUUAAGCAAUCAGUAUGCACCAGAGCACUUGAUCUUGCAAAUUGACAAUGCAGAGAGCUACGUUCCGUCUCACAUCGAGAAUGCUGGAUCUGUUUUUGUUGGAGGCCUUUCACCCGAGUCCUGCGGUGACUAUUCUAGUGGAACAAACCACACUUUGCCUACUUACGGCUAUGCAAGACAGUAUUCGGGUGUAAACACGGGCACCUUCCAGAAACACAUAACUUCUCAGAAUGUUACCAAAGAAGGCCUAGUGAGUAUUGGUAAAGCAGUGAUGACGUUGGCAGCAGUUGAAGGCUUGGAGGCCCACAGAAAUGCCGUGCAUGUUAGAAUGGAAAAGCUUGGGCUACUUUGA